GUUUGAACCAGUCAGAAAAAAGGUCUGCCUGAGGAUUCGUUACUCGCAGCUUUGGGCUAGCUAAGAUGGCAGAGGUAGGAGAGCCUCAGAUCACACCAGAAACACCCGGCAGACCAGCAAUCCGCAACCCCUUUGAGAGCCCAAAUGACUACCACCGCUUGCACGAACCAUUUGUACCAAGUCCUACCAUCUUUCGGAGCUCUUGUGCCUCGUCAGCUACGCCAGCAAAGUUCAAGUGGUCCAUAGAUGAGAUGUCAAACUUGCUCCCAGUAGACAUUGACCCAGAGGACAUCAACAGACAAUCCUUCUACUUGAGUCAAACAAGGAUAGACUUUGAAAUUGAACAGAAACGACAAAAUGCAAUUGAACAGUUUUUUACCAAAGGCGCUAUUGUUCCCUCCCCAUGGGCAGCCCCAGUAAGCAUACUGAAGCAUCAUGGGAAGGGUUCUUCAUCCCCAUUCGUCACUGAUGAGCCAGAAUCAUCCAGAAAAACAAAUGCAACAUGUCAAACAAUCCUCUCUUUACCUGUGGACUUCGAUCUUGAAAAAGUAUUGGGAGAACACUACAAAGUGGAGGAGGUAUCUGAGCAGGUGCAGGAGACGCUGAGCUCCUCUUCCCUCCGCCGGAAACUCUUCCUUGACGGACAAGGCAGUGGAUCGGAGUCCUCGAACCCCCCGAGUCCUGAGAGGGGCCCGUAUAUGGAAAGCCUUAGUGGCAAGGAGGCCAUGUCCCCCAACUUCACGUCACCCCUGCAGUGUGAUGUUCCCAUUCUAACCUCAUCCUCGGGUCAGUUCUCAUCCAGUCCCAUCCAAGGGAGAUUUCGCAACUACAGCCUGGGUAGUGCCACUAGCCCCAUGUUCCCUGACCGCUCCUCCCCGAUCUUCAAAUCUCCUACCUUGUCCCCCAUUGGACCCCAACAGGCUGAGACUCCACUUUCAGGUGAACGGAAGCGUCUGACAUUCCUCACUCCUGAAGGCGUUCCGCUGAGCAGCUCAGACAUGGAUGUCCGUUGCCGUGGCGACAGCCCCUACGUUGAGGGCUGCUCCCCGAUUCGUAACUGCUCGCCCCUCCGGCCCCGGCACAGGGUUGGUGUGUGGGGGUCCCCAUCGCAUCUCUCCCCCAUCUUGCCCAUCCUCAGCACCAUCCCACAGGCUGUGGAGCCCCUGCAUGCCAUGGAGCUGGACUGCAGCUCCCCCCAGACAGAGGAGGCCCUCCCUGGGCACACUCUCUCCACUCAGUCCCCCUCCGAAAUAAUGGAGCAGGGAGAGGACUCGAGAGGGUCCACCGGGCAGGGGGAGCCGGCGGACACAACUGACGGGUGUGGAAAGGAGCAGCUGGACUGUGGCUGGACCAAAGAGAUUCAGGAGGAGGAAGAGGAUGAGGAGGAAGAGGUGCAGGGAGGAAAUGGUUUGUCUUUCCCCAAACUUCUCACCAGUUCGCGGACGGGCAGCUUGUCCAACGCCGAGAGCCUGCACAUGUUCACGUCACUGCUGGCCGAGGGCAGCCUCAUCCCACCAGACGGGAGCAUGCAGGUGGACAGUGGGUAUAACACCUACUCGGCAGGCACAACCAGCCUGAUGGAGGGCAUCAGUUGUGACGGCCAAAGUAAGGAGGCGUCAGAUGUACACAUUCCUGAGGAGGGCCACCAGCUUUAUACUAAGUUCAUGAAAUCAAAGAUUGUUCUACCACACCACUGAUCUGCGGGGAGGGACCCGGGGGGAGUCCUGUGUGUGCAAGCUGCACAACCAUAUACUUGAGUUGUCUGUGACACAGAGGCAAAUACAGCAUUACUUGCACAGGUGCCUUGACUUGAAAUGAGCAGUUUGAACAGUAGCUCACAACAGUGAAAAAUUAUUGAAUGACUUGAGCUGUGAACGUUUGAAUAGGUGCUGUGUCUGGAAAUCGAAAGGGCACACUCUAUUGAAGAGUUUUUAAAAAAUGGUCAUUUGUAUAUAAAUCUUUAAAAAUGUUAUGUAUAAAAGGGAUGUGGGAGAAAUUUGAAAAUGUAUUUCUUUUUUACAAACUUAUUUAUGGUUUCUUGCUGUUAGACCCCAAAUCAGAACCACUAAUUGUCCUAUGGAAUACUAUAUUGUACUGUAAAUGGACUUGCUUAAGAAAUCAUAUGUGACAUUUUUUCUUUGAUAUUGCAAUAAAGAAAGUAAAGGUU